AAAACAAAAUGGGUUACUUCUAUACAGUAUCCCUAUACAACUGAUUUAUAUUGUAGGUAAUUAGAAAAUGGAUGCAUGUGAGUUCAUGAGCCGUAACCACUCAGUCCGCCAUGGUCUAUGCAUCGCCUUUGCAUUUUGAGCGUCCAGUGCGGAUAUUUUGUGAGUAAUUUGGCGAUCACUGAUGCUCGCAUAUCGUUAGUGAGAUGAGUGUGUGUCUGUGUGUACCAUCGACGUGCGUUCUCUAUGACUACCAUUUUCACUCGGUGAAUACACACAUCAUGCAAAACUAAAGCUGUACGCUCUCGUUCCACCUACCCACAUACUAUAUGCGCUAUAAUCAAUGGAUUCACAUGGAUAUUGGCGCUACUUCACUAUCUCCCGUAGACAAACGCCCUUAUUCUGUAGGGGAGCUAAUCACUACAUCCAGCCGACCUAGCACCGGAUUCAUGGAUAAAUCUAGCUACUUGUAAAAAAUGAUGAGGAUUACCUUCAUAUGUGAGGGUAGCUUAAGUUGUAGAUCAAUUGCUUCACGGCACAGUUAGCUGUAUCCUUAUCUGUCUUUAAGUUUGUGGACGACCGUUGUAGCGAAAGAUGGGGAAUGAGAUGAGCGAAGGAGAGGGGAUACCACAACAUCCAACGCCAAUACCAUACGAGAGGAGCAGACAGAUACAUGAUGAUGGGGAAAGAAUGAUGGGCAGGAGUUUUGCAGGUGCGGGAGGGGUCGGGAGAGGAGGAAGUAUCAGUCCUGGAAUAGGAGAUGGCAUUGGUGCUGGAAGAGGCAGUGCAGUUGUUGGUAGUGGUGGUGGUAGCGGCCAGGAAAAUGUUGGUGGUAGAGCUGGUAUCGGUGGUGGCAGAGGAAUUGGAAGAGGCACAGGUAGCAGUAUUGAGACGUAUGGUGGACAUGGAAGAGGUAUAGGAAGAGGUGGAGGAAGGGGAGAAACUGGUCAAGUGGGUAGACAAGCUGGUCAAGCGGGUAGACAAGCUGGUGGUUGGACAGGUUCAAUAGUUGGUGGAUCUGCAGGGGUUUCGCCACCACACACCAGUGCAGCAAGUCCGGCAUUUGUUAUUCCAGGAAGGGGGAGAGGAAGGGGUAAUAGAGCACCCGCAGAAGGUCCAGGCCGCGGAAGUACUAACGCAGGACCAAAACCUUCUAGUAAUACCCCAAGGAUUAGUGAUGGAUCCAGGUUAAAAAAUAAAACAGCACCACCAAUGGACGAUCAGCCUCCCGAAGCAGAUCUAAGUCAUUUGACAGAAGAAGAAAGAACCCAUAUUCUGGCUGUUCUUAACAGGGCCAGGGGUCUUCAAGAAAGAGAUGAAGAGAGAGUCAGGAAUCUAGAAGAAGACUUUACCAGGUAUACAAAAGACAUCAAACGUCGAGCCUCAGACGCAUCUAGUAUCGGUGAAGGACAAGCGAAGAAUCUAUGCCCUGUCUGUAACAGGACCGAAUUGGAUAAAAAUGCUAUACCAGGUUCAGCACAAGAAGGACUAGAAUGUACAGACUGUGAGAGACCUGUCUGCCUACAGUGUGGCUUUUAUAUGCCAGCCUUAGCAUCACAGGUGAGUUGACGCCAUUUUCUUUUAUUCAAUGAGCAUAACUGCGACUGAUUGCAACUCGACCAUUCUGACCUGAGUAUAAAGAAACUCACAUCAGUUCUUGCAUAUCUGUUGCAUAUAUUUUCUUCACCUCCUUUAUAAAGCAUCUCGGCUAUUAUCACAAUAAGCAAAUAAUCAUUCUAUUAUAAUUUUCAAAACGAUUGAAACCUUUUGGAAACUUCACUCUGAAUCACUAUUAUUAUUUUUUAAAACUACAUUUCAAAUGGUGACUUCCUCCUUCUUAAUAAAGAUACCGAAUAACCGUAGCGAUCAAGGGAGUACAGAAAAACAGGCCAUGCAGUAAUGCAGUCGUGAAUUCAAGCGUGUGUGUUCAAACCUUUCGCGGCCUCACAGAGCAUGGACGCGAUUGAAGAUGAGAUGGAAACCGUUUCAAAAGAAAAAAAACCCACCGUGCUCCUAUUACUUAAAGCUAACAUCUCUCAGUCGUGCGGCAAUGGCAAAUGUAUUUUCUGAUAACCAAUGAACACGCCCCCCCCAAAAAAAAACACAAUUAAUGAAGAAAAUGGACACAUUGAUUGAAAUCGUCUUUUAGUAAUGUUGUAGGAAAUAGAAACUGGUUGAUAUAGUGGUUUCAAAUCCCUCAAUAAAUAGUUCGUCUCCCAAUGAUCUUAGGCAUAUGCAUGUAUAUAGAAAUACAUAUCUAUAUAAUUAUGGUUAAUAGUUUGUCACUUGAUGUCUGAUUUUCGGAUGUGAUCGGACUCGGUGUAUGCAAGCUUUUAUAACUAAACCAUUUCAUGUGAACACCAGACUGUAAAUUCGUAUGGUAAUAAGACCAUUCUGUGACCUACUUUUUGAAACAUCAUAAUAUCUAGCCUUACAUAUUUAAUAAUUUUCUUUGAUAGCUAUAUUUUUUGCAUAUUGUCAAUAACUGAGACACAGUGAAUGGCAUUCAUCUUUACUUAUUUAGUUAAGAUCAAAGUCAUUGAUUUAAACCAGUUACAUCCCCUCUAACAACCAGUUACCACCCCUAUAAAGGUGUGAACGUAUAAAUAUUAGUUACAACAAACAAAUUGAAUAUCUUGAUAAUAAUCUUAAUGAAAUAUUGAUAAUUUUUCGAAACUCAAUUGUUAAUUCUCUAUAUGUCUUGGUCUAUACUGGUUUUUGACGGCCUAAAAUGCGAUAAUUUAAUGAAAGGGGAAGUUAUCACGUAGUAUUUUCUAUACGGUUGAGCUAAGGCAGGUACGAAGGUUUACCUAACUGAUAAUACUUUUUGUCCAUCUGUAAAUGGGAUGAAUGAUUUGUUGUUCAUAAACACUUACUUUUAGGGUGAUUGUCCAAACUCAUUCUUUAAUUUGAUAUAGCAUUCAUCAUGAGCUUAUCUCAUUUUCCAUUUCGAUUACACAUAAGUAUGUAUAUACCUGCAUAACAAUUUUCAUUUUCUAUUCCGUUCUAAUCUAAUUCCAUAUUAUUCACAAUUUAAAUAAAUGUAUUUCAUUGAUUUGGCCUAGUCCAUUAGUAGUAAAAAGUAAUCAAAAUGAAAGAAUAAAACUAUUUUAUACAUUAAUUCUUUUUUAUUUAAUUUUCAAACAUGCACAAAGACAUAACAGUUAAUAAAUCAUUCCCAAUUACUCGUUGGAAUGAAUGUUUAGUAUUAUGAAUGUCAGACUUCAAUAGAAAAAACUACGUUAACAUACUUUUUAUGUAAUGAUUUAUUCUUGUAUA